AUGAACUCGAGACAUGCGCUUGUUAACGAUUAUGUGCAUAUAUUUGGAGGCUUUUAUAAUCCUUUAGGGAUAUCUCGAUUAGAUGGCUGUCAAUUUACAAAACUAUCAAUUGAACUUAUUUUUUCAUACUCAUCUGAUCAUGCAGCUUUAACAGUUGACGAAGGUAGCAAAGCACUCAUUUGUUUCGUUUGGCGACUUAUGAAGAACGAGUGGUCAAUUGCCGGCGUUCUUUCCGAAGCUAUGCAUCAUACAUCCGCAUUACUUUUGGACCGGUCUAUCAUUAUUUUCCCCGGCGAAGCUUAUGGAUAUGAAUUUCCGAUUCAAAAUAUGACAUUAGAUUCGAAUGAUACUGUCAUUUCGACAGAUAUUAUUUCUAAGCAUGGACAGGCAUCUGAUCAUCCGAUUAUAUUUCUAUCAUCUAUUGAUUACUGUAGUUUAUAA